UAUAUGGUAAUUUAUCUUAUUAAAAUUAAAUAACAAUAAAAAAAGCACGCAGUAGCAGAGAUCAGAAUCCAUAGGUAUAGUGAGAGUGAUACAGGAGUUGAGAUGAAGGACGAUCGAUAAUUCAAUUCAAGGUCAAAGGAUGAAGAUCUGACUCACUCACUCACUCCCAAACUAAAACACCAAAACAAGAAAAUGCAAAAUCCUCCAUCCUCCACCAAUGUAAACCUAGAUCCCACGAUGGAGCCCCAACCCCAGCCUCAGCCCCGGCGACCCCGCGGAUUCGCUGCCACGGCCGCAGCGGCUGCUGCAUCAGUCAGCCCCACUGUCACUCCCUCUGGAACUGCCGCCGCAAGCACUGCCUCCUCCUCCGGCAAGGGGAAACGUGAGAGAGAGAAAGAAAAAGAGAGGACUAAGCUUCGGGAACGGCACAGGCGAGCCAUCACCAGCCGUAUGCUGGCCGGCUUGAGGCAAUACGGCAAUUUCCCUCUCCCCGCGCGUGCUGAUAUGAACGAUGUGCUGGCCGCCUUGGCGCGUGAGGCUGGUUGGACCGUUGAGCCCGACGGCACUACUUACAGGCACUCUCUCCCUCCCCCCCAACAUCAACAACAUUUGGGAGCAUUUUCAGCGAGGUCAGGUGAAAGUCCAUUAUCAGCUAGUUCUUUGAAGAAUUGCUCUGUUAAAGCAACAUUAGACUGUCAGCCACCUGUUAGAAUUGAUGAGAGUUUGUCACCAGCAUCUCUUGAUUCUGUUGUUUUAGCUGAGAGAGAUACAAGGAGUGAGAAAUAUCCAAGUGCUAGUCCCAUUAACUCAGUUGAGUGCCUGGAGGCAGAUCAGCUUAUACAAGAUGUUCAUCCCACGGAGCAUGAGAAUGACUUUACAGGCACCGAAUAUGUACCUGUUUAUAUAAAGCUUUCAACUGGUGUCAUCAACAACUUUUGCCAGUUGGCUGAUGCUGAGGGUGUUAGACAUGAGCUAAGUCAUAUGAACUCCUUAAAUGUAGAUGGAGUCAUUGUAGAUUGUUGGUGGGGUAUUGUUGAGAGUUGGAACCCUCAGAAGUACGUGUGGUCUGGCUACCGGGAAUUAUUUAAUAUUAUCCGAGAAUUCAAGAUGAAGAUACAGGUUGUAAUGGCAUUUCAUGAGUAUGGAAGAACCGGCUCUGCUGAUGUACUGGUCUCCCUACCCAGUUGGAUUUUGGAGAUAGGAAAAGAAAACCAGAAUAUCUUCUUCACAGAUCGUGAGGGGAGGAGGACUACUGAAUGUUUAUCUUGGGGCAUUGACAAAGAACGUGUUUUAAAUGGAAGAACUGGUGUUGAGGUCUACUUUGAUUUCAUGAGAAGCUUCAGGACAGAGUUUGAUGACUUGUUUGCAGAGGGUCUUUUUUCUGCGGUGGAGAUUGGACUUGGACCGUCUGGGGAGUUGAGGUAUCCCUCUUUCUCAGAAAGGAUGGGUUGGAGGUAUCCUGGCAUCGGUGAGUUUCAGUGUUACGAUAAAUAUUUACAGCAAAAUCUACGGAAAGCUGCUAAAUUGCGUGGGCACUCUUUCUGGGCUAGAGGACCUGAUAAUGCUGGUCAAUAUAAUUCUCGGCCGCAUGAAACCAGUUUCUUUUGUGAACGAGGUGAUUAUGAUAGCUACUAUGGGCGCUUUUUCCUCCAUUGGUAUGCCCAGUCACUAACAGACCAUGCUGACAAUGUCUUGUCUCUAGCAAGUCUUGCUUUUGAGGAGUCCAAGAUUAUUGUUAAGAUACCUGCAGUUUAUUGGUGGUACAAGGCUUCCAGUCAUGCAGCAGAGCUAACAGCAGGAUAUUAUAACCCAACCAAUCAGGAUGGAUAUUCUCCAGUUUUUGAGGUUUUAAAGAAACACUCUGUGACAAUGAAGUUUAUGUGCUCUGGGUUACAGGUUUGUAGCUAUGAAAGUGAUGAAGCAUUUGCUGAUCCAGAAGGUUUGAGUUGGCAGGUCAUCAAUUCAGCCUGGGAUCGAGGAUUGGCUGUUGCUGGUGAGAAUACACUUUCAUGUUACGACAGAGAAGGGUGCUUGAGAAUAAUUGAGACAGCCAAGCCAAGAAAUGAUCCUGAUCGUCGCCACUUUUCGUUCUUUGUGUAUCAACAACCAUCUCCUUUAGUUCAAGGAGUAAUAUGCUUCCCAGAUUUGGAUUACUUCAUUAAAUGCAUGCAUGGAGAUAUUACUGGUGAGCUAGUACCUUGAUGAGGGUGGAUUUUCCUUCUUUUUUUUUUUUUGAAAUGGAAUGAUUAAAGUGAAUCGCCAAUUUCAACUGAAGGCUAAUAAUGAUGAGGUUUAACAAUAACGUGAAAGGUGUAGGUUAUGUUAGGUGUCAGCACCUAUUAGAGAUUUUACUGAAUUUGGCUUGUAUUUUCUGUGUUCAUAUGUUCAUGUAAUGUGAUUCUAAUUAGUAAUUAUAUAUGUUAGUUUAUAAACUGAAUAGAGCUACACAGGCGUUUUACAGUUUACACCUUAGAUGUAUAAUGAUACGGGAUAUAUUGCUGGAAUUAAGUAAAUAUGUGGUACGUUGUCAUUGUCUCAUCAAUCAUCAAAGGUAAAACCAGAGGCUGAAGCACACAAAAUAAGCAGAGAAAAAAAAUUUGAUUUUGCAAACUACAAGUUUAAUUCUGAUAUAAAGCAAUGUUUUGAAUUUGCUGGUUUUUCUGUUUCAUAUAUGCAAUAUUUUAAGUGUUGUGCCUGUCUGUCUUCUCAUGGAUCAUUCUUCUGCCUACUCGUUUAUAUUAAAGAUCUUAGGUGUCCCCCAUAUUAGAGGCAGGAUUCCUUUUUCUUUUCUCAUGUUUCUACGGUAAUUCAAGUAUUAAAUAAAUUUGGACUACAAUUUUGACGGAGCCUUCUUAUCCAUAUUUUUAUACAAAAUUAACUGUUUUUCUUUACAACAUAGUUAUUUACUACUGAAGCUUGUUGAGUUUUUUUUUCUUCAUUUGGAGC